CGUUUGUCGAGCUAGCCAUUCGGCUCGCGGCGGAGGACUUUGAUACAUGUUGUCACUGACUACACAGAGGUCCAUUAAGUUACCCAAAUGUACGGUCGUUGAGAGAAGCGAAAAAAAAAAAAAAUGACAGACUUGGGGAUUUCACUGGCACUACUGGCGACAACAGUACUUCUCUGCGAGGCGACGCGCAGACUGAUCUCGCGCCUCUUCUCUGGCAAGGAUUAUGCGAUUUACCUAGUGGAAAUUGUCUCGACCUACCAGCUCUGUGCAUGUACGCACGAACUCAAAGUCCUGGGCGAAGUUGGCAGAAUCGAACCGCAUAUAGCACUCACACUGACUUUCAUAAUCACUGUGGUCCACGUAAUAACUUUUCACGGGGCGUUCGCCAACCCAAAUGGUGCUAUCGAGAACGUUUACCGCAAGAAUAUCACAGGGAAAGCUGCGGUGGCGCGCAUAACUUGUAUGUUUAUAGGUGGGGAAGCAGCGCAGCUCCUCGUGCCCCACAUUUGGUCCUUGGGUCUGUCCGACCACCACCUCAGGCACAAAAGGUUCGGAUUUAAAUGCUUCAGUCCCAUCAAUGGGUCCCUGUUGGAGGCCGCUGGUGUGGAGCUGGCUUGCACUUUCGCUGUCCAAGCCGCAGUCCUCCACAUUCAUAAACUAGACGAGAGAUUCCAUGCCCCUGUCAUCGCUGCUGUCAUUACAUCACUGGUUUACUCAGGUGGUCAUAUUUCAGGGGCUGUUUUCAACCCAAUCAUGGCUUUCUCCGUCCAGUUCCCCUGCACUGGACACACCUUACUGGAAUAUGCUUUUGUCUACUGGCUAGGACCAGUCAUAGGCAUGGCCAUGUGCAUCCUGCUCUUUGACAAAAUCAUCCCACUCCUAUCUGGGAAAAGCACAAUGGGCCUGGGCAUCCCUGUUGUCCAGAAGAAGAAGAUACAGUAACACACAACUGAGAUUGUGGCUUCAGCCCUCUGAGUAGGCUCUUUUAUAUAUGAUGGUGCCGGGGCGGCCGUUAGUAUUUGAUCAUUAUGGUCACCUUAACAUGACUAGGUCUAAGGGCGCUCACACAUACUAAGUCUUAACUUUGAUUAUUUUACCCCCCAAAAAAGAAAUUGUAGUGGGCACAAGUCUAUAAUCUAUUGAAUUAUCAAUAUUGGUGCCUGCCACAAACAAAAACAGUAUUCUGUCUAUGCUUAGGGCUAAGUGCUCAUCCAUGCAACAAACAGUUGCUACUCAUUUUCUGUUUAUGCUGCCCUAAAGGAAAAAAAAAAGGGCCAUAAUAUCAGCUGUUGAUCAGUAAAACAUUUUUUUACUUAAUGGAAGAUUUUUAUAUGGAAAAUGUGCUGAGAAAAGGCUCCCUGGACUUUGUCAUUAUGCAAUAUUUUAGUCAUUAGUGCAGGGUUACCUCUAAUGGCAUAACAUGUUCCUGUAUGAACCUAUCCGAAACUGUCAUGGCAUGAACUGAAAUUACCCUUCUACUCUGGAUGACUACAGCAAUGGCAUACAGUGCAUUCGGAAAGUAUUUAGACCCCUUGACCUUUUCCAUUGUUACGUUACAGCCUUAUUCUAAAAUGUAUUAAAAUGUUUUCCCCCCCUCAAUCUACACACACACACACACACACACACACACACACACAACGCCCCAUAAUGACAAAGCAAAAACAGGUAUUGACAUUUUUGCAAAUUUAUAAAAUAGGGAAAUAUGACAUUUACAUAAGUAUUCAGACCCUUUACUUAGUUGAAGCACCUUUGGUAGCGAUUACAGCCUCGAGUCUUCUUGGGUAUGACGCUACAAGCUUGGCACACCUGUAUUUGGGGAGUUUCUUCCAUUCUUCUCUGCAGAUCCUCUCAAGCUGUGUCAGGUUGGAUGGGGAGUGUUAUGGCACAGCUAUUUUCAGGUCUCUCCAGAGAUGUUCGAUCAGGUUCAAGUCCGGGCCGCUCAAUGACGUCCAGAGAUUUGUUCCCGAAGCCACUCCUACGUUGUCUUGGCUGUGUGCGUAGAAUCGUUGUCCUGUUGGAAGGUGAACCGUCAUCCCAGUCUGACAUCCUGAGCAGGUUUUCAUCAAGGAUCUUUAUACUUUGCUCCGUUCAUCUUUCCCUCGAUCCUAACUAAUCUCCCAGUCUCUGCCUCUAAAAAACAUCCCCGCUGUGUCGUGUAAAUUCAUGUAUACUGAGAGAGAUUGACAAUUGUUCAAAUAAUCAAUCUUUAACAUUGAUUCAUUAUUGCAAUGAAGAAGCUGGUCGACCGCACUCUGAAAUGUGUGUUGUUGCAGAGAGCUUAACCUUCCAGAGGAAUCCUGGUUCUUAUAGAGCCGACACAAAUGCUUAGUCAUGGCUGGUUCCACCCCUCCCAUGCAGAUCAGGAGACUCAGACACUUUGGGUUCAUCUUGUGAUUAUCUGCCCCUGGUGCCGUUUUAACCCUCAACCCGGCUUUGUUUCUAAUCAUCCUUGUAUUUGGGCAACUAUGAGGGAUUUUGUUCUACUCCUCCAGGCUCUCUCUGUUACACCCACCACAUCUUGUCUAUGGAAUGUAGUCUUUAGGUUUUAUCACCAAGUCAACGGUCAGCUCAAGCUCUCUCUAGUGACCAUACGCUUAGAUUAGCUGCAGGGAGCCAGAGUGUAGUCCAUAAAAACACAUUAUUAGAACAGAAAUGUCCCACUCUUUUUCAAAUAUAUAAAAUGUCAAACAAAUCAGGUAAACACGUAAUUUCUCACAGCUACCACCACCACCAUGCUUCACCGUAGGGAUAGUGCCUGGUUUCUUCCAGACGUAAUGCUUGGCAUUCAGGCCAAAGAGUUCAAUACUUCAGACCAGAUAGUCCUUUAGGUGCCUUUUGGCAAACUCCAAGCGGGCUGUCAUAUGCCUUUUACUAAGGAGUGGUUUCCAUCUGGCCACUACCAUAAAAGGCCUGAUUGGUGGUGUGCUGCAGAGAUGGGAGAAUCUUCCAGAAGGACAACCAUCUCCACAGAGGAAAUCUAGAGCUCUGUCAGAGUGACCAUCGGGUUCUUGGUCACCUCCCUGACCAAGGCCCUUCUCCCCCGAUUGCACAGUGCUAGGAAGAGUCUUGGUGGUUCUAAACUUCUUCCAUUUAAUAAUGAUGAGGCCACUGUGUUCUUAGAAAUCCUUCAAUGUUACGAAAAUGUUUUGAUACCAUUCCCCAGGUCUGUGCCUCGACACAAUCCUGUCUCGGAGCUCUAUGGAAAAUUCCAUCGACCUCAUGGCUUGGUUUUUGCUUGACAUGCACUGUCAACUGUGGGACCUUAUAUAGACAGGUGUGUGGCUUUCCAUUUGAAUUUACCACAGGUGGACUCCAAGUUGUAGCAACAUCUCAAGGAUGAUCAAUGGAAACAGGAUGCGCCUGAGCACAAUUUUAAGUCUCAUAGCAAAGACUCGGAAUACUUAUGUAAAUUAGGUAUUUCUAAAAUCCUGUUUUAGCUUUGUCAUUGUGUAGAUUUGAGUACAUUUUUAUUUAAUCCAUUUUAGAUUAAGGCUGUAAUGAAACCAAAUGUGUAAAAAGUGAAGGGGUCUGAAUACUUUCCGAAUGCACUGUACCAUGUUGUUGCUGUAUGAACCUUAUACCCUGGAUGACUACACCAGUACAACAUACUCAAUAUGAGCAGAAUGAAAAAGACAUGUCCCUAAGGGAGAGGCUAUACAGACACGCUGGUGCCCAAAUUGAUGACUUUUGUCACGUAGCAAGAGCAGUGGAGACAAACAUUUGGUUCAGUCAGAAACCUGGUCUCAGACUAGACGUAACAUAAUAAAUGAAAAUCCAAGACACUCAGUAUUAUAAGUUACAUAAGACAAAUGGCAAAAACAAAAAGUUGGUUGGGGUGGAUAGGUGAUCGUAUAUAUCGAACGUCUACCAACCCAAAGGCUGUAAAUUUGAAUCAGGCAAAUUUUAAAAAUAAUUAGCAACUAACUGAUUUACUACUUUUCAUGUUAGGUUAAAGAGUUAGCUAACCCUUCCCUAACACCUGAACUUAACCCGAACGUUAGCCACCUAGCUAGAAUUUGUUUCAUACAUUUUGCAAAUUCGUCACGUUGUACGUUUUAGCAAAUUAACAUAAGAAUUGAAAUUUGUAACAUAUACAAAAUUGGUGAUGGACAUUCACAAACAUAACAUAUACUAAAAUGGAGUGUCUCGGCUUUACAUACAUAAUAAUAAGAAAUGCUCUGACCACAGCUCAGCUGCAGCCAGUCGUCCUGAUGAGCCCUUCAGCUAGCUAGUUUAAUGAUUGUGGCUAGUAACUUCAGCUAGAAUUUGAAACUUGUCUGACUAAGUUGGGACUUUUCAGAAGCAUCCAGUUAAACCGGAGUAAUAGUUUAUUUAAUAAAACCAUUUGAACGUUAGAUGUUCACUACAAUAAAAAUGUGCUUUAGUGUAGCCAAUCAGGCCAGGGUGACUGCUAUCUAGUGAGCAGUGUAGGUAGACUGUUUCACGGUAACAUCCAGAUAGUUACGACAAAUAUUACAAGUUAAUUCUCAUGUAGGCUGCUAUCCUCCUCAAAAUAAAAUCAAGUGUGAUGAAACAAAAAUUGGAGAUCGUGACCAAAACAAGUUAUUUCUCCCUCGUCCAUUGACAAACAGCACGUUUGUUUACAAGGGCUUAUCAGGACGACUGACUGAACCAAACCCAUUUGUCUCUACACUCGACUCUCAGCUGCGUGACAUACAGUGCAAUAGUAUUCACCCCCUUUGGCAUUUUUCCUAUUUUGUUGCAUUACAACCUGUAAUUUAAAUGGAUUUUUAUUUGGAUUUCAUGUAAAAUGGACAUACACAAAUAGUCCAAAUUGGUGAAGUGAAAAAAAAUUACUUAAAUAAAUCACAGAAAAGUGGUGCAUGCAUAUGUAUGCACCCCCUUUGCUAUGAAGCCCAUAAAUAAGAUCUGGUGCAACCAACUACCUUCAGAAGUCACAUAAUUAAAUAAAGUCCACCUGUGUGCAAUCUAAGUGUCACAUGAUCUCAGUAUAUACACACGUUCUGAAAGGCCCCAGAGUCUGCAACACCAUGAAGACCAAGGAGCUCUCCAAACAGGUCAGGGACAAAGUUGUGGAGAAGUACAGAUCAGGGUUGGGUUAUAAAAAAAAUAUCCUAAACUUUGAACAAUCUCACGCAGCACCAUUGAAUUCAUUAUUUAAAAAAAGGAAAUAAUAUGGCACCCACAACAAACCUGCCCAAAGAGGGCCUCCCACCAAAACUCACAGACCAGGCAAGGAAGGCAUUAAUCAGAGGCAACAAGAGAGACCAAAAGAUAAUCCUGAAGGAGCUGCAAAGCACCACAGCGGAGUAUCUAUCCAUAAGACCACUUUAGCUGGGCUUUACAGAGGAGUGGCAAGAAAAAAGCCAUUGCUUAAAAAAAAUGUUAAAAAAGCAAAUAUGUUUGGUGUUGGCCAAAAGGCAUGUUGGAGACUCCCCAAACAUAUGGAAGAAGGUACUCUGGUCAGGUGAGACUAAAAUGUAGCUUUUUGGCCAUCAAGGAAAACACUGUCUGGCACAAACCAAACACCCCAAGAACCCUAUCUCCACAGUGAAGCAUGGUGGUGGCAGCAUCAUGCUGUGGGGAUGUUUUGCCAUUGGCAGGGCCUGGGAAACUGGUCAUAAUUUAAGGAAUGAUGGAGGGUGCUAAAUACAGGGAAAUUGAGGGAAACCUGUUUCAGUCUUCCAGAGAUUUGAGACUGGGACGGAGGUUCACCUUCCAGCAAGACAAUGACGCUAAGCAUACUGCUAAAGCAACACUUGAGUGGUUUAAAGGGAAACAUUUAAAUGUCCUGGAAUGGCCUAGUCAAAGCCCAGACCUCAAUCCAAUUGAGAAUGUGGUAUGACUUAAAGAUUGCUGAACACCAGCAGGAACCCAUCCAACUUGAAGGAGCUGGAGUAGUUCUGCCUUGAAUGGGCAAAAAUCCUAGUGGCUAGAUGUGCCAAGCUUAUAGAGACAUACCCCAAGAGACUUGCAGCUGUAAUUGCUGCAAAAGGUGGCUCAACAAAGUAUCGACUUUGGGGCAGUGAAUAGUUAUGCACGCUCAAGUUCUGUUUGUCUUCGCUUGUUUGUUUCACAAUAAAUAAAUAAAAAAGGCAUGUGUAAAUCAAAUGAUAACCCCCCCCAAAAUAAAUCUUAAUUCCAGGUUGUAAGGCAACAAAAUAGGAAAAAUGCCCAAGGGGCAGGGGGGUGAAUACUUUCACAAGGUACUGUACAUCCAUUUUGGCACCAGGCCUCUCCCUAAUGUCAUCAGUCAUUGUGACAUACCUCAGUAGAAAGAAAUUCUGCAUCACAAAUGGAGCCAGGCGUUUGCAGCCCCUCAAGUUUAAUAUGAACUUUCUGUUCCAAACGAUGGAGUACCUUAGUCUUUGCAUGUGUGCUGGUUUUUCACCAAGCUUCAACUGUCCCAUUUUAGUGGCGUCAUGGUACUAUUCCAGGUAUAAAUUUGUCUAAAAACAAGGGUUAUGUUAUGACUAGUCUGGAUCAUGAUGAUUAGACAUUUAAGGGGUCAUAUGCUCAUGUCAAACAAUGCAUUAUAACUGCAAAGGUCAGUUUGCUCUUUGGCAGAAAGAGAGAGCAAACUCAAAUGUUUAGGCAGACACAGGCAUUACCUUACUGCAGUUACAUAACAGUGAGAGUCUUUGAAAUGGCAUCCUAUUCCCUAUAUAUAGUGCACUACUUUUGACCACAGCCCUAUAAGCCCUGGUCAAAAGUAGUGCAACACACACACACUUGUGAAUAGGGUGCCGUUUUAGACAGUCAUAGAAAACAAAAAAAAUGCCUCUACUCAAUCACUACUCCACAUGUUGUUACAAUGCUGUUUGGCCAGCAGUACCUCAGUAGCUUCUCAGGCCAAAGGAGUAUUCCAUUUGUUAAAUGAUGCAUGGAGAUUGUUUUGUUCUUUAAGAGAGCUGUAUUGCUGUCAGUGGUGAUUGUGCUACAUAAUUGAAAAAUAAACAUUUUUUUUAGAGGA